AUGAUAUGCCAUCAGGGCGGACAUGAGGUUAUAACAGGUUGUGGUUUGCAUGUGCUUCCUUUCCGGGAAGGUUAUCUGUUGCUUCGGGAGAUUGUGGAGAGAAUGAGCAAAGGGACAAAUUAUUCUUUUGAAGCAAGGUGGUUUUCCGUUAGUGGUGACAUCAAUGAUGACGAGAGUGUCAGUUGUCGACAUCAUCCGACAAUCUCCUUGCAUUAA